AUGCCCUUCCCAGCCGCCAUAAAACUCUUCCUGGCGACACUCACCUUUGCGGCGGUCGCCAUCGUCCCCAUCCAACAGGAAAUACGUCCUGACUGCGACACAGGCCUCAUGAUAUGCAACCAGAGGAGGCAAGAGAUCGCCAUAUGCUCCAACAAUAAGUUCGUCAUGUACGAGAGGUGCGCGGGGCCCACUUGCAAGUACCAUGCAACAUAUGGUAAUCCCUUCUGCGACGAUCCAUACAUGGGAUGGCAUCCCUGGAAGGCUUAA